GAAUUGUCAAACAAAACAACUGAUGUUUUGUUUGAUAUUUUUUGAUUGUAUUGUCUGUUCGGAAAAGUCCAGUCAUUUGCCGAUCAAAUUAUCGGUCAAUUUUGUGGUCAAUAAAAUAUUUUUAUUGUCACUUCCAUAGCCUCGGCAACUGAUUGGUCACUGAAAUGGUCUCAAAACGAAAAAUUAGAUUUGUUUUCACCGAAAACGAGAAGGUCUUGUGCUACGAACCGGACCCGAAAAAGGCGAAAGUUUUGUACGAAAGCAAAAUACUUCGGUGUUGUAUUGGAAAGGAUGGAAACGGCAAGAAGUGUCCGCAAUAUUUGGUUCAUUUCUACGGCUGGAACUCGUCGUGGGAUCGGAUCGUCAAAGAGUGUGAUAUUGUCAAAGACAAUGCACACAACAGAACACUUCAGAGACAGUUGGCUGAGAAGGCGGCCGUCGGUCUCCCGAAAGGCAAAAAACUCAAACUCAACAAAAUUCCGGCCAUUAUUAAGGAGAUUGUAGUCAACAAUACCAACAAUGGUUCGCAAAGUGAUAGCGACGACGACACCAAUGAUAUGGACACCAACGACACCAUUAGGUUUGAUGCCGACGAAGACACACAGGAAGACACCGAUAGACAGUCGUCGAUCACGUCUGACGACUAUAACUCGUGGAACAGUUGCCGAACGAGUAUCAGAACGAGUGUCAGCAACGAUGGUAUGACUACUGAGGCCAACACUUACGAUGAAUCCGAUUCUCAGUCACUCAUCUGUUGUCUGACCAUUGAAUUGAAGACUAUUUUAGAUAAGGAUUACAUUCAUUCUGCAAAAAACAAAACUUUAUAUGAUUUGCCACUAAAACCCAAUGUCUGGCAAAUCAUCGACGAGUUUAGUGUCAAUACAAAUAUCAAUCUUUUAGGCGAUUCCAACACAAACACUAACGAACAAAAUGAUAAUCAUAUUGUCUCUGAAUUCAAGAAUUCAAUGGAAAUCUAUUUCAAUGCACUCAUUGAAAACAAUUAUCUCUUUUAUAACGAAGAAGAAAAAAAACAGUUUAAACAAAUUCAGAGUCAAUCGGACGAUACAUUUAAUGCGAUCACUGUUUACGGAUUCAUACAUUUGUUGCGUCUUAUGGUGACAAUCAGUGACUUCUUGUUGUCGACACCGGGGAUGACUAAAGAACAGCUCAAAAUCAUUGUCCGACUUAUUAAACAUUUUGUCGAUUAUUUAAACAAAAAUCGUAUCAAUUUCUCAACACAUCAAACAUAAUUCAUUCAUU